AUGUCCAUGACUAAAUUCCACGCAGACAUUAGAGCGAUGUCAAUUGCCAUAAAACUAAGAAACCGAGCACGGUUACGACUCGACAGCAGUGGUAUUUAUACCACGUCACUAACGGCCAAGGAUCCAAAAAUAGAUACGGAAAUAAACUCUCCUUCGUCGAUUUUAUCGUUCUCCUCAUCGUCCUCUUCUGCUUGCUCAACUUUAGUAUCAACACCAACAUCACCACCACCAAUAAUACCAUUCAACGACAAAUAUGUCACCCUCGCCAGUCAUCGCCACCACAAUUCUAAAAGAGAACGAUCAUACGUCACGGAUCCCACGUUUCGGUGGAAUCUUCAGAAACCGGUCCCGCAACUGAUUUUGUUCUGGGAGACGGUUUCGUUGGUGGGUUCUGCGAUCGCGCGUAGAUGUGCUGGGUGGCCUUGA